AUGGAGAAGCGUCACAAUCCUUUUAAAUGGUUAAGAGAACAUUUUAUAAGACCAAAUCGAUCAACUAGCUAUCCAUCAUGUCUCUUUGAAACAGAAAAACGAUGGCUUAAUCUUCAAUUUCAUAAAAACGGUCAAAUUAAGAAGCCUGAUGAACUUGAAAAUGAAAUGCAGGAGCCACCUGAUCCCAUCGAUGAAAAACGACUGAAUCAAACCUAUGGUUCUUUAAUUGGAUUGGCUUUGGGUGAUGCUCUUGGUGCCCAUGCAGAAUUUCGUCCUCAUGCAUAUUUACUUACAAAUCCAGUUACAGAUCUCGAAGGAGGUGGUACAUGGGGUCUUAGUAAAGGGCAGUUCACAGAUGACACGUCAAUGGCACUUUGUUUGGCUUCGUCAUUAGUGACUCGUCGUGCAUUUGUACCUUAUGAUCAAUUAGUUCGCUACAAAUGGUGGCAACAACAUGGCUACAUGUCAUCGACUGGACGUUGCUUUGAUAUUGGUGAAGCUACAUCGCAAUCGCUGAAUGAAUUCACUCGCCGUCAAAAAGUGUUCAGCAGAAAACAUCGCAUUCCCGUUAACAGAUUAGACUAUCUUUCAGAUCGAUCUCUGAUACAAAAGUUUCAGGUGCAUUGUAGUAUCCCAGGCGUGGCUGGGAAUGGAGCUCUUAUGCGUCUUGCACCUUUACCACUUUUUUUCUACAAACAUUUUCAAGAAGCAAUAGAAUAUUCUGGGUACAGUGGUCAAAUUACUCACGGCGACAUAAAAGCUUACGACGCUUGUCGAUACUAUGGAGCUCUAAUCUAUGCUGCAUUGAAUGGUUAUACAAAAGAUGAAUUACUUGAUAAGAAUUUUUAUGAUAAACAUAGGUUUUGGUUUGGUGAGAAGACACUUUGUGCAGAAGUAAGAUCGAUUGCAGAAGGGUCUUACCAGAAAAAAAAUGGCUAUGCCGGAGGAAUUCGUGGGAAAGGUUAUAUUGUUAGUGCUCUUGAAGCUGCUCUUUGGGCGUUUUGGUCUGAUGAGGAUUGUUUUGAGAAUGGUGUACUUGCUGCUGUAAAUUUAGGUGAUGAUACUGAUACCACAGCUGCUAUAUAUGGUCAGUUAGCUGGUGCGUACUAUGGUUACGAAGGUCUUCCUAAGAAGUGGACAGAACAAGUGUACUCUAAAAGAUUUAUUUUAAAUCUGAGUAAAUGGAUAGUAUACGAAGGUGACCGUUGGAAAAAAACUGAUGUCAUCCUUCCGUCUGAUAAGUCUUUUGUUGGUGCUGCUUAUUUGAUUCCUUUAAUAGAACAAAGAUGUGAAGAAAGUGCGGAAAAUAUGGUUUUAAAUUCAUUAGACUUAGGCAGUAGAACAGUAUCUCUCAGGAAAAGGCCGCCCAUGUAUAGAAGCGUUCAGGGUUUCGAAAAUUUCAAUCAGAACUUGAGAGAAGAUGAAUAUAAAUUUUCUCAAUCGAAUUUAAAUGGUUUUUAUAGUCCAUCCCAGAUGAAAAAGACACGAGCACCGCCAACUGCAAGAGUCGAUGAUAUCAAUCUUUUAAGUACAAGGAAACAACAACAGUCUCGAGAGUCAGCAGAAGAUAAAAUGAAUGCCGCUAAUUGA